GGGGAGCUGGCCCGGAGGGAACAGGGAACGGCUUGUGCUGUCACUGGCACCCCUUGGCAUCCGGGUCUGCAGUAGAGUCUGGCAGCUGCCUCAGGGCUAGCAACAACCAGUGGCUGCGUGUCCCGCUCAGGGACCGAGAAAAGCACGUGUCUGCAUUUAGAGAAGGCAAAAGAGAGAAUGUUCACCUGCCAGGCAUUUCACUUGCCCAUGAGUCUCUGAGAGUGUAGUGUUCAUCUGUACCUCUUCUCACAAGGAUUUUUCUCAUCUGCGACCCGCUCAAGACAUGGAGAUCAAAAACUCACCGUCAAGCCUCGCUUCCCCUCCUUCCUAUAACUGUAGCCAGUCCAUCCUACCCCUGGAGCACGGCCCCAUCUAUAUCCCUUCCUCCUACGUAGAGAGCCGCCAUGAGUACUCAGCUAUGACAUUCUAUAGUCCUGCCAUGAUGAACUACAGUGUCCCCGGCAGCACCAGUAACCUGGAAGGUGGGCCUGUUCGACAGACUGCGAGCCCAAAUGUGCUGUGGCCAACUUCUGGACACCUCUCUCCUUUAGCCGCCCAUUGCCAAUCAUCACUUCUGUAUGCAGAACCUCAGAAGAGUCCUUGGUGUGAAACAAGGUCACUAGAACACACCUUACCUGUAAACAGAGAGACACUGCAGAGGAGGCUCAGUGGGAACAGCGGUGCCAGCCCUGUUAGGAGUCCAAACGCAAAGAGGGACGCUCACUUCUGCGCCGUCUGCAGCGAUUACGCAUCUGGGUAUCAUUACGGCGUCUGGUCGUGUGAAGGAUGUAAGGCCUUUUUUAAAAGAAGCAUUCAAGGACAUAAUGAUUAUAUCUGUCCAGCCACGAAUCAGUGUACCAUAGACAAGAACCGACGUAAGAGCUGCCAGGCUUGCCGGCUUCGCAAGUGUUACGAAGUAGGAAUGGUCAAGUGUGGAUCCAGGAGAGAAAGGUGUGGGUACCGUAUAGUACGGAGACAGAGGAGUUCCAGCGAGCAGGUGCACUGCCUGAGCAAAACCAAGAGACACAGUGGGCAUGUACCCCGGGUGAAGGAGCUGCUGCUGAGCGCCCUGAGUCCGGAGCAGCUGGUGCUCACCCUGCUGGAAGCUGAGCCGCCCCAUGUGCUAGUGAGCCGUCCCAGCAUGCCCUUCACCGAGGCCUCCAUGAUGAUGUCCCUCACUAAGCUGGCUGACAAGGAACUGGUGCACAUGAUUGGCUGGGCUAAGAAAAUUCCUGGCUUUGUGGAGCUCAGCCUGUUGGACCAAGUCCGGCUCUUGGAGAGCUGCUGGAUGGAGGUGCUGAUGGUGGGGCUGAUGUGGCGCUCGAUCGACCACCCCGGCAAGCUCAUCUUUGCUCCAGACCUCGUUCUGGACAGGGAUGAGGGGAAGUGCGUAGAAGGGAUUCUGGAGAUCUUUGACAUGCUCCUGGCAACGACGGCAAGGUUCCGCGAGUUAAAACUCCAGCACAAAGAGUACCUCUGUGUGAAGGCCAUGAUCCUCCUCAACUCCAGUAUGUACCCCUUGGCGACAGCAAGCCAGGAGGCAGAAAGUAGCCAGAAGCUGACACACCUUUUGAAUGCUGUGACAGAUGCCCUGGUCUGGGUGAUUGGAAAGAGUGGUAUCUCCUCCCAACAGCAGUCAGUCCGCCUGGCCAACCUUCUGAUGCUUCUUUCUCAUGUCAGACACAUCAGUAACAAGGGCAUGGAACAUCUGCUCAGCAUGAAGUGCAAAAAUGUGGUCCCAGUGUAUGACCUGCUGCUGGAGAUGCUGAACGCUCACACACUUCGUGGGUACAAGUCGUCAAUCUCCGGGUCUGAGUGCAGCUCAACAGAGGACAGUAAGAGCAAAGAGGGCUCCCAGAACCUACAGUCACAGUGAUGGCUAGGCCUGAGGUGGACAGGCUACAGAGAUGGUCAAAAGUGGAACAUGUACCCUAGCAUCUGGGGCUUCAUCUUAGGGCUGCCUUGGUCACGUACCCCUUACCCACACUGUACUUCCCAGGAGUCAGGGUGGUUGGGUUGUAGUGCUCUGGACAGUGGGGUAUAUUGGUGGUGACUGAAUGGUUUCU